AUGAAGUUUCUCUGCCUCCCCGGUGCCUACGGCAGUGCCAAGAACUUUCAAGUUCAACUUGGUCCCCUCGCCGAGGAGCUGGAGAGACGCGGUCUCUGCACAUUUACCUACUCUCAAGGCACUCACGAGGUCGACCCUCCUCAAGGAUGGGAGGACUACUUCGGCGCCCGCCCCCUGUACCGUUUCCUCGACACCCGCCAGGGAGAUACCUUCGAGACCCUUCGUAGGCUCAGGCAUGUGCCCCACUCCAUGCCUGCCGAAGACACCAUGAGAAUGUUUCAGAAAGCCGGCGAGGGUGAAGACUGGCAUCAAAGGGUCUGGAGAGAAGCGCUGGACGCUGUCUUCAAGACGCUGGACGAGGACCCCGAGAUUGAUGGCAUCAUCGGCUAUAGUGAGGGGGCCAUGGUUGGUGCAAGCUUGAUUGUAGAGGAGGCGGAACGGGCCAAGAAGAGCGGGUGCCAGCGAAGGAUCAAGUUCGCCAUGUUCAUCUCAGGUGCCCCUCCCCUCAAGUUCGAGGGCAAGGACCGCAUCGUUGCGCAGCUGUUUGACGAGGCCGGCAUCGUCAUCGACAUCCCCACGUUCCACAUCUUUGGAUGUGACGAUGCCUUCUUGAGCUCGGCGGUCGCACUGUUCAAUGUGUGCGAGCCCAGUAAGGCAACCAUGUACGAUCAUGGUCUUGGUCACAUCGUGCCUCGCGAUGCCGAGAAUGUGGGUGUCUUGGGAGAGAUUCUGCAGGAAAUCAUGCCCAAGGUAGAGGAGGGCAACAGACGGGCUGCCAGCGAGCAGCAGCAGAGGAAGGAAAGCGGUCUCAGCGGGAUGGACAAAAGCGAGUUUGCUACCCCGGCCUUGUUGCGGACAACUAGCUGA